AUGAAUAAACCUCCUCUCCCCGAUCAGCAACAACAACUCAACAGCAGUGCUACCGAUCAGCAGGGAGGCGCACAUAAACGAAAUACUUCUUCAACUCAACCAAAAUCAAAUUCACAAGGAUCUGGACUAAAUUUGGCAAAUAACCAACCUGGAGGGUCAUCUCUGGCAGUGGCUGGUAGUGUCAUCCAACAACAACAACAACAACAACAACCCAAUAAUCAACAUGUAAAUCAUCCCUCAUCAAAUACUAGACAACAACCACAACAAACAACCGAUCAAACUACGAAACCUGUAUUACAUACAUCAAAUAAUUCAAAUCAAAGAACUCAACAACAAUCAUCACAACAACCACAACAACAACAACAACAAUGUAAUAAUAAUAAUGUAGAGAAUAGAAACGCAAAUCAUCAUCAACAACAACAACAACAAUCACAACAACAAACAACGGUAAAUUCAAAUGCACCAUUUGGAGCAGGUUCAGUUUUAAAAAAUGGUAUUUGGUACACAGAAUCUGAGUUGUCAGAAGAGAACUUUGCAUGGGCACCAAAGUAUUGGACCGUCGAAAAAAUCGGUAAAUGGAUCGACGAUAUAGAGUUUAGUGAGAGUCUUACCUCUCCAUCGUCAACUACUACCACCCCCACUGCAACACCAUCUACUGCCUCUGCCACCUCCACCACUCCCACCAGUACUACAACCACCACCGCCACUGUUUCCUCUUCAUUGCAACCACAACAAUCUACAUCCCUUCAAAGUAAUAAUUUGGCUACUAACAACACCUCACCAAAGCAAAGAUCAUCAUCUCAUCUUUCUUCAACUCCUCAACAACAACAACUACCUCAAACAACAAACCAAUCAUCUACUACGAUAUAA